AUGAGACCAGGCCAGACCUUCUUUCGCUUCUGCGCCAUUGCUGGCCUCUGCAACUUCUACCAUGCCGAGCCUCCUCAGGCUGUUGUGCAACAGCCGCUGGACCACCGCUAUUCGCCCCAGCUUUUCAACGCACUCCAUGCAGCGGGGCGCCUGUUCGCCUCGACGAUGGACCACAACGGCCUCACCGUCUUCAUGGCGAGUGUUCCAAGGGGCACGCUCUUCUACCACGGCACCAACCAGAGCGAGGCCGUCACAACCGGCAUUGAGUAUCUUGCCUUUGAGCCCGAACUGUCGAGGCUCUUUGCCAACGGAUGCAAGAGGCCAUCACUGUUCCAGGAGGCCAUGCGAUCCCCAGCUGAGGUGAGAAGUGGCAAGCCAAGCGAUGAUUUGCCCUGUCUGAGAAAUCCGGGCUACUUUCACACCUACCGACCGACGCGAGACCUAUCGCUACUCUAUCUCGAUGGGCAGGCCGCCGCCAAGACGACGGCUGGCGCAAUGGACAUGCAAUAUCGCCUCUUCGUUGGCAGCAUCGACUAUGAGAUGGACGAAUCCGAGCAGACGAGAAGGAUCUGCAGAACGUUCAAGGAGCGAGGAUGGGAUUUGGACGGCGUCUUAAGGAUGGAAAUGGAGUUCGAGAUCAUCCUGUGCGACUUUGGUCUCAUGCGGCUAGAGCAUGUCGUUGAGAUACCUCCUUUGCAGACGACAGCGGUCCUCUCAGACAGAAGAAAGGAAGAAGAAGCGAAGCAAAUGAUGGGCUUCAAUCUCGUCACCUCGGCCAACGCCAGAUUUAAUGGCUUCGAGCGCGGCAAGCUCGACAUCGACUUCGAGAACAUUGUCUCUGCUUUUGCCCAUGAUGAGUACGACCUGUACCCCAAUGGAUCGGAUUUGCCGAGGUUUACCGCUCCGACGGAAGGAGACGUGGAGCGCUUUAGGCAAGACAUUGAUGCUGCCGUGGAGAGGCGACGUUACAGAGUGGCAGAGGAAGGUGCCCUCCCGUACGUCGACUGGCAGGCCAUCACCGACCGCAUCGUAUCGCGCUAUGCUCCAAGGCUCACAUACCUCUCCUCAGACGAGUUCAAGAGCAACGCGAAGCGGCUGCGGAAGCACGCUGAGCUUAUCAUCUCAUACCUCGAUCCCACGUCAUCCAGAGGACACUUUAUGAAGCGUUGUAUGCAUCAAGAUAUGCCGCUUCUGGCUAACUACGUUGCCGACUCAGCGGCCCCUCGUGCGAUUCUCGAUGUGGCGAGGCUCAUCUGCGCAACGCUUCUCGAUGUUGCCACUGAUCAGAAGCUGUCGCUUAAGCAGAUUCGUUCACGGCUGAAGACGCUCAAAAGCCGGCUUGGGUGGAGGGAAUGGGACAUUUGCAAGGGCUGCCAGGAUGACGAGAUCUGCUCCACCGUUGCCUGGCCCUUUGGUGCGAGGGGAGAGGAGAAGCGUCCAACGUGCAGAAAGGUAGCCGACAUCCUUCAGAGGGGCUACUGGGACGACACGGCGCUUCCUGGGCGUAGAGGGUUCCGCGACUAGACGAAUCGACAGA